AUGUGGAGCGAGUUGUGGUCUUUCCAUGGCGCCGCGGCGUUGUUUCGCUGGUGGCUUAUGCCAGACACCCAUCUGCCUUCGCUGUCUCACGCAGCCUCACAUGUAGCUCACGACGCGGUACAAGCUGCAUCGAACUGGGUUUCCGGCUCAUCCUCUGCAGACUUGACGAACUCAGCCGCAGUUGAGGCAUUGGAUGAUUUCGAUGCCUUGAAGUAUGUUGAUCCUCUCAUCGGCUCGAGGAAUGGUGGCAACGUCUUCGUGGGUGCGACACUACCCUAUGGCAUGGCAAAGGCAUCUGCGGAUACGAACAGUAGCUCGAAUCAAGGCGGCUUCACUCUGGAUGGGAACCCGGUCACCGGCUUUUCAACAAUGCACGAUUCUGGUACCGGCGGACAACCUUCCCUUGGAAACUUUCCUCUAUUCGCGUACACAACUUGCCCGAGCGGAGUCAUCAACUGGUGCACAUUUCCGAAGAAGUCAAGAGCGAAGUACGGCUACUUCAACGAAAAAGACGUAAUCGCAAAGCCAGGACUCUUCAAUAUCACCCUUAAAACCGGUAUCAGGGUAGAAAUGACGACGACUGAGCGAGCAUCUCUUAUAAGAUUCAACUUCCCUCAAGCAGGACAGCCUCUUAUUCUCCAAGACCUCUCAGAUCUCGGCGACACGAGGCAAGACAACGCAACUAUCAAUGUGGACGCGAAAUCCGGACGCAUCACAGGCAACGCGCGUUUCCAACCGAGUUUUGGUAGCGGCACCUUUGUCCUUCACUUUUGCACCGACUUUAAUGGCGCUGAGAUUCUUGACACGGGUAUCUUUGCAGACAGUCGCGCGAGCACAGAAGUCAAGAACAUGACUAUCUCGCGGUCAAUCAACGGGUACCCCUUACCCGGCGGCGCUUUUGUGCGGUUCAAGUCUGCGGAUCAGCCUAUCACCGCGCGUGUUGCGACAAGCUUCAUCAGUGAGCAGCGGGCGUGCGAACAUGCUGAGGGUGAAAUUUCGGAUUACAACUUUGAGCGGGUGUCGGGUGAAGCAACAGCAAUAUGGCGUCGCAAGCUCAGUCCCAUCAAGAUCAACACUGAUCGCGUGAACGAGUCAUUUGCGAGGAACUUCUAUAGCGGCAUCUAUCGGACCAUGGUCAAUCCGCAAAAUUACACCGGCGAGAAUCCCUUAUGGAAAAGCGAUGAGCCUUACUGGGACUCAUUUUACUGUCUGUGGGAUUCGUUCCGCUCCCAGAUCCCAUUUCUGGUGAUCAUCGAUCCAACUUCGGUCGCGCAAAUGAUCCGGUCUCUCAUCGACACAUAUGUUCACCUCGGCUGGCUUCCGGACUGCCGUAUGAGCUUGUGCAAGGGCCUCACUCAAGGAGGAUCCAACGCGGACAAUGUUCUAGCAGACGCCUAUUUGAAGAACAUCACUGAAGGCAUUGACUGGGAACUGGGCUAUGAAGCAGUGAAGAAGGACGCAGAUGAAGAACCGUUUGACUGGAGCGUCAAUGGCCGCGGCGGCAUGGAUAGCUGGAAGAAACUGGGUUACAUCCCUGUGCAAGAUUUCGACGUCAAGGGAUUCGGAACACUAACGAGGAGCGUCUCACGAACACUCGAGUACAGCUAUAACGACUUCUGCAUCGCCUCCAUGGCUGACCGGAUGGGACAUGGGGACGAUCGGGAGAAGUAUCUUUCCUCGAGUAGCAACUGGCGCAAUCUGUACAAGCAGGACCAGAAAUCAGCUUUCUUCAACGGUACCGACACAGGGUUCAGAGGAUUCUUCGAGCCCAAGUUCCUUAACCAGACUUGGGCAUACCAGAAUCCGCUCAACUGCAGUAAUCUAGACGGUCAAAGCUCCUGUUCCCUACAGAACAACGGCCCAGAAACAUUUGAGAGUAGUCUUUGGGAAUAUGGCUUCUUUGUUCCUCACGACCAAGGAACGCUCAUCAACACUCUCGGAGGUCCGGACGCCUUUGUUCGGAGGCUCAACUUCUUGCAUGACCAAAACAUCACCUACAUUGGCAACGAGCCAGCCUUCCUCACAGUCUUCCAGUACCAUUACGCCGGUCGUCCAGCUCUCUCAGCAAGACGAGCCCACUUCUACAUCCCUUCAUUCUUUUCACCUGACCCAGCCGGGCUUCCCGGUAACGAUGAUAGCGGGGCCAUGGGAUCAUUCCUGGCCUUCUCCAUGAUGGGUCUCUUCCCAAACCCCGGGCAAGAUGUGUAUCUGAUCAUUCCACCCUUCUUUGAGAGCCUCGAAAUCACGCACCCGCAAACAGGCAGGACGGCCAAGGUCCGCAACAUCAAUUUUGAUCCGACCUACCGCAACAUCUACAUCCAAAAGGCGACUUUGAAUGGUCAGCCUUACAGAAAAAGCUGGGUUGAUCAUAAGUUCUUCACUGAGGGUCAGGAGCUGGUGCUUACUCUUGGCCGGCGGGAGAGUGACUGGGGAACGAGAGUCCAGGAUCUCCCGCCAAGUCUGGGUCCGUAUCAGGGAUUCAACCGCACCUUCCCUUCCAAUCGCACCGAUACGAGAAUUGUAGAUACUGGGAUCAUAGAUACGACGUAUAAGAGCGAGUUUGGGCAUACAGGGGCGGACUUGAACGUUUAG